AUGGUAGCACCGAAUGUAUUGUCGGUGGAGCAUACACUGGAGAGAGUGGAUAUGAUACAUGCAUGUGUUGAGAAAGUGAAGAUAGAUUUGAAGACAGGGAUGGUGAGCAGACAUCCGAUUUCUACCAGGAAUCUUGAUCUUGCAGUGAUCAAUCCUGCGUAUGUUGGAAAGAAAAACAAGUACGUAUAUGCAGCCAUUCUUGGGGAUCCUGUGCCAAAGAUAUCAGGGAUAACAAAGUUGGACGUAUCCAUAGCAGAAGCAGAUCGCCGCGAUUGCAUAGUGGCAUGCCGAAAAUUUGGAGAAGGUUGCUUUUGUGGUGAGCCAUUUUUUGUGGCUAAAGAUCCUAACAAUCCGGCAGCUGAUGAAGACGAUGGUUACGUAAUGUCACAUGUGCACAAUGAGAAGACAGGGGAGUCAAGUUUUUUGGUCAUGGAUGCAAAGUCCCCUAAUCUUGACACUGUGGUUGAGUCAAAUUGCCUCGUCGAGUGCCUUAUGGUUUUCACGGGCUUUUUGUGA